GUGUGUCUUUCUAAGUACUCAUGGUUUGGCAAUGUGACAUAAAAAGACAUCAAUCCGAAAAACUAUUGUGAAAUAAAGUGAAAAUUAAAUAAGAAAAAGGGUUACGAUUUAAGCUGGAAACGGCAAAAUGAGCCUAAGGUGUUCUACUUCAUUAUUGACGAGGCUUCGAUCUUUGCCACAAAUUAGAAAUUAUUUUAAUUCACACCAUAUUUUACACAAAAAUCGGCACCAAUUAACCAGUUCAACAUCAUUCAAUACAUUUAGACAUUAUUGUAAUCCUGCGUCAAAAGGAGAUGGAAAUGAAACAAAAAAACCGACACAAAUUCUCUCAACAUUGUUUCCACAAACAUCACCCACGGUGAAUGCAGAGCCUGACAUUCAUGAGAAAAGGAAACAAGAGGAACAAGAUGAAAAAAAAGAGCAGGAACAAUCGUGGAAACGAAUGAAAUUAGGUUUCUAUGUGUUCGGUGUAUCAACUGUUAUAGGUGCUGUAUGGGUUGUUGUGGAUUUGGGUGCACCUGAAAAGGAUUCGGACGGUCGUGUAAUCGAAGAUGAGUUUAGCAUUUUACCAUUGCCAAAGCAAUACCUAAAACGAAUGUGGAAAUCGCUUACAUAUUACCAAAAAAUUAUACAAGAACCGUCACGCGAAAAACUACUGCCAGAUCCACUGAAACCACCUUACUAUCAACCAAAAUAUACACUCGUUCUUGAGAUGAAAGAUGUAUUAGUACAUCCUGACUGGACAUAUAAAACUGGAUGGCGAUUCAAGAAACGCCCCGGCGUUGACUCAUUCCUUGAACAAUUGGCCAGAGAUUAUGAAAUUGUUGUUUAUACAGCGGACCAAGGCAUGACGGUCUUCCCAAUUCUGGAUGCACUCGAUCCAAAAGGAUUUAUUAUGUACAGAUUAGUGCGAGAUGCAACCCACUUUGUGGAUGGUCAUCACGUUAAAAACUUAGACAACUUGAAUCGAGAUCUGAAGAGAGUUAUUGUUAUUGACUGGGAUCCAAAUUCGACAAAACUGCAUCCAGAAAAUACGUUCCAUGUGGAACGAUGGAAUGGCAACGAUGAUGAUUUAUCACUGUUGGAACUUGUUUCAUUUUUGAAGACCGUCUCAAGUGCUGAUGUCGAUGAUGUCCGUGAUGUUCUACAGUACUACAAACAAUUCGACAAUCCAUUAGCGAAAUUCAAAGAAAAUCAACAAAUUUUGUUACAACAAAUGCAGGAGAGAGAAUUGGAAGAGAAAAAUGCACCACCUUCGCCGGUGAAAAAGUGGACACCAUCUUUUCUUGGGCGCAAAUAAAUGAAAACACAAAAAUAAUCUAACGCAAUUUAAUUGUACAAAUUCAAAAACUUUAUAAAGUAACUAAAACACACAUCAAUUAGACA